UAUUUACAUGUGACAAAGAAACAAAGAUGAGUUUCUCUCCUAGCAUCCUGUGAAUUUUUCAUUGUCAAUGCUAAAUCCAGGCAGAAUUCUGGAAGAUGAAAUGACUAGAUAUGCAUAUUAUUAUUCAGGAUUAGGUGCUGGAGUUCUUGUUGCUGCCUAUAUACAAGUUUCAUUUUGGACUUUGGCUGCUGGCCGACAGAUUAAGAAAAUUAGGCAACAGUUUUUUCAUGCUAUUCUACGAAAAGAAAUAGGCUGGUUUGACCUCAAUGACACCACUGAACUUAAUACACGGCUAACAGAUGACAUCUCCAAAAUUGGUGAAGGAAUUGGUGACAAGGUUGGAAUGUUCUUUCAAGCAAUAGCCACGUUUUUUGCAGGAUUCAUAGUGGGGUUUACCAGAGGAUGGAAGCUCACCCUUGUGGUAAUGGCCAUCAGCCCUGUCCUGGGACUCUCUACAGCCAUUUGGGCAAAGAUACUUUCCACGUUUAGUGACAUAGAACUUGCUGCAUAUGCCAAAGCAGGCGCGGUGGCUGCAGAGGCUCUGGGGGGCAUCAGGACCGUGAUAGCUUUCGGGGGCCAGAACCGAGAGCUGCAAAGGUACCAGAGACAUCUAGAAAAUGCCAAAAAGAUUGGAAUUAAAAAAGUUAUUUCAGCAAGCAUUUCCAUGGGCAUUGCCUUCCUGUUAAUAUACGCAUCGUAUGCGCUGGCCUUCUGGUAUGGGUCCAUUCUAGUUAUAUCAAAAGAAUACACUAUUGGAAAUGCAUUGACAGUCUUUUUCUCGAUCCUGAUCGGAGCUUUCAGCAUUGGACAGGCUGCUCCCUGUAUCAAUGCUUUUGCCAAUGCAAGGGGAGCAGCAUGUGCCAUCUUUGACAUUAUUGAUAAUAAUCCUAAAAUUGACAGUUUUUCAGAGAGAGGACACAAACCAGACAACAUCAAAGGCGAUUUGGAGUUCAAUGGUGUUCAUUUCUCCUAUCCAGCUCGACCUGAUGUCAAGAUCUUGAAAGGCCUCAGCUUGAAGGUUCAGAGGGGGCAGAUGGUGGCCCUGGUUGGGAACAGUGGCUGCGGGAAAAGCACCACGGUCCAGCUGGUGCAGAGGCUCUAUGACCCUGAUGAGGGUAUGAUUACCAUCGAUGGGCAGGAUAUUAGGACGUUCAAUGUGAGGUACCUGAGGGAGAUUAUUGGAGUGGUGAGUCAAGAGCCAGUGCUAUUUUCUACCACAAUUGCUGAAAAUAUUCGUUAUGGCCGUGGAAAUGUCACCAUGGAUGAAAUAAUGAAGGCUGUCAAGGAAGCCAACGCCUAUGAGUUUAUCAUGAAAUUACCACAGAAAUUUGACACCCUGGUUGGGGAGAGAGGGGCCCAGCUGAGCGGUGGACAGAAACAGAGAAUCGCAAUUGCUCGGGCCCUGGUUCGCAACCCCAAGAUCCUCCUGCUGGAUGAGGCCACUUCGGCGCUGGACACUGAGAGUGAAGCUGAGGUCCAGGCAGCUCUGGAUAAGGCCAGGGAAGGCCGGACCACCAUUGUGAUAGCACACCGACUGUCUACAAUCCGAAAUGCCGAUGUCAUCGCAGGGUUGGAGGAUGGAGUCAUCGUGGAGCAAGGAAACCACGGAGAACUCAUGAAGAAGGAAGGGAUGUACUUCAGGCUUGUGAACAUGCAGACAUUAGAAAGUCAGACGCAGUCAGAACUAAAUGAUGAAGAGGCUUUGGCUCCAAAUGGCUGGAAAACUCAUCGCAUAGUUAGGAAUUCUACUCAUAAAAGCCGCAGGAAUUCACGAAAGCGUCAGAGUGGCCUUGAUGAGGAAACCAGUGGAUCUGAUGAAGAUGUGCCACCAGCGUCUUUUCUGAAGAUCCUGCAACUGAAUAAGACGGAAUGGCCCUACCUCGUGGUGGGAACACUGUGUGCUGUUGCCAACGGGGCCCUGCAGCCUGCCUUCUCCAUCAUCUUCUCUGAGAUGAUAGCCAUUUUUGGCCCAGGAGAUGAUGAAGUGAAGCAGCAGAAAUGCAACAUGUUCUCACUGCUUUUCUUAGGUCUGGGAAUUAUUUCUUUCUUCACUUUCUUCCUUCAGGGCUUCACAUUUGGAAAAGCUGGCGAGAUCCUCACCACACGGCUUCGAUCAAUGGCUUUUAAAGCAAUGCUGAGACAGGACAUGAGCUGGUUUGAUGAUCAUAAAAACAGUACCGGUACGCUUUCUACAAGACUUGCUGCUGAUGCCUCCCAAGUCCAAGGAGCCACCGGGACCAGGUUGGCUUUAAUUGCGCAGAAUACAGCUAACCUUGGAACUGGGAUUAUCAUAUCAUUUGUCUACGGUUGGCAGUUAACUCUUUUGCUGCUAUCGGUUGUUCCCAUUAUUGCUGUCUCAGGAGUUGUUGAAAUGAAAUUGCUGGCUGGAAAUGCCAAAAGAGAUCAAAAAGAACUGGAAACAGCUGGAAAGAUUGCAACAGAGGCAAUAGAAAAUAUUAGUACAGUUGUGUCCUUGACCCAGGAGAGAAAUUUUGAAUCAAUGUAUGCUGAGAAACUUUACGGAGCUUACAGGAAUUCUGUGCGAAAGGCACACAUCUAUGGAAUUACUUUUAGUAUUUCACAAGCAUUUAUGUAUUUUACCUAUGCCGGUUGUUUUCGAUUUGGUGCCUAUCUCAUUGUGAAUGGACACAUGCGCUUCAGAGACGUUAUUCUGGUGUUUUCAGCAAUCGUGCUCGGUGCCAUGGCUCUAGGACAUGCGAGUUCCUUUGCUCCAGAUUAUGCCCAAGCCAAGCUGUCUGCAGCCUGCUUAUUUAGGCUGUUUGAAAGACAACCAUUGAUUGACAGCGACAGUGAGGACGGCCUGAGGCCCGAUAAGUUUGAAGGAAACGUAACACUUCAUGAAGUUGUGUUCAAUUAUCCCACCCGGCCCAACGUGCCUGUGCUUCAGGGGCUGAGCCUCAAGGUGAAGAAGGGCCAGACCCUGGCCCUGGUGGGCAGCAGCGGCUGUGGCAAGAGCACGGUGGUCCAGCUCCUGGAGCGGUUCUACGACCCCUUGGCUGGGAAAGUGCUCCUAGAUGGUCAAGAUGCAAAGACACUCAACAUCCAGUGGCUCAGAGCCCAACUGGGAAUCGUGUGCCAGGAGCCCAUCCUGUUUGACUGCAGCAUUGCCGAGAAUAUUGCCUACGGAGACAACAGCCGGGUUGUGACAAUGGCUGAAAUCGUGAGUGCGGCCAAAGCAGCCAACAUACACCCCUUCAUCGAGACCUUACCCCAGAAGUAUGAAACCAGAGUGGGAGAUAGGGGGACUCAGCUUUCGGGAGGUCAGAAACAGAGGAUUGCUAUUGCCCGGGCCCUCAUCCGACAACCUCGAAUCCUGCUGUUGGAUGAAGCCACAUCUGCUCUGGAUACGGAAAGUGAAAAGGUUGUCCAAGAAGCCCUGGACAAAGCCAGGGAAGGCCGCACCUGCAUCGUGAUUGCUCACUGCCUGUCCACCAUCCAGAACGCAGACGUGAUCGUGGUGAUUGAGAACGGCAGAGUCAUGGAGCAUGGCACGCAUCAGCAGCUGCUGGCGCAGAAAGGCAUCUAUCAUUCCAUGGUCAGUGUCCAGGCUGGAGCACAGAACUCUUGUUAUAGUGUAUCUUAAAAAUAAAUUCAAAUCAUUCUACAACUUUUUCUGACUUGUAAAAGAGCUAUUAAUUCAUCAUGAAAUAGAGAUCUGUCUUAUUCCAGAUCAAUUUAGAAUAUACAACUUGGGGGUUGAUAGUACAGCAUUUGAAACUUAGGAUUAGAGGUGACACUUGGCUUGUUGAAGUAUGAAAACAGCUUAGCACUGAGUUACCAGAAACACACGGAAAAACUUAAGAGCAAAGUUUAGGUAUAUAAAACUGUAGAAUUAGAAGUCACAAACAUAAGGAAAAUUCUUAUAGUCCUAAACGGCUGGUUAGAUGACAAUGUGGUUUGGGAACAAUUUUCCUCAUUACAAAGGAAAAAUACAUUGUUCAGUAACAGUCUACUCUCCCCCUUGGUAAAUUUCCAAAUUAUUCUAUUAGGGAACUGAGGUUUUUUUAAAGAAAAUAUAUUCCCAGCUUUAUUAUCAAAGUCCAAGAGAAAAUGGAAUUGUCCUUAAACAAGCUAACUAUAAGCACACAUUUGUUCCAUAAAGCAAGAAAGAGGCAUCUUUUUAAAUGUUUAAAAUUCGUUAAUAAAAAUUCCACAUAUUAGUGCAAUUUGAAACAUUGGAAACAUCAAUAAAGUGCUGUUUCUAUAGCAACUGUGUUACUUUUUUUUUUUUUUUUUACAAAUAAUUAGAUUUUCCCAGAAUAUU